CUGCUAACUCUCCCACCUGCCUUAACUUAGAUAAUCUCCAAGAGAGAUAAUACAUGCAGUACGUGCUUUUCCCUCGCUCCUCUUUCACAAUCAGAUUUUUACCGAUAGCGAGACCAAGUUCACGCAUCCGUCCCCCAGUCCGCCGAAUGCAACUACCCCGCUGCUCGCUCGCCAUGUCACACAAGACUCAGGAACCCGUCAUCACCCGGGUCUCGGACCUGCCCGUCGAGCAGGCAAAGUGGGUUACACUGAAGAAGAUCGAGUACGUCGACCAGGUCGGCAAGGCGCGCAUCUGGGAGGCAGCCUCGCGCAAGACGCGCGGCAAGGCCGGGGUCGACGCCGUCGCCAUGGGCAACAUCCUGCUGCACCCGUCGCGGGCCCCCUCGACCCUCCUGGUGAUCCAGUACCGCCCUGCCCUGGACUCGUACACGGUGGAGUGGCCGGCGGGGCUCGUGGACGCCGACGAGACGGCCGAGCAGGCGGCGGUGCGCGAGUUCAAGGAGGAGACGGGCUACGACUGCCGCGUCCUGAGCAUCAGCCCGCCGCAGGCCGCUGACCCGGGCAUGUCCGACGCGAACAUGCAGCUGGUCAUGGUCGAGGUUCGUCUGGCCGAGGGGGACGAGGUGGAGCAGCCGGAGCAACGGUUGGAGGACGGGGAGCAUAUCGAGCGCGUCGUCGUGCCGCUCGCAGAGUUCUACGAUCGGCUCGUCGAGUACUCAAAGCAGGAGCGCAUGAUUGUCGCGGCAAAGCUGUUCCAUUUUGCGGCUGGGAUGCACUUUGCAAAGACGCAUUAGGGGGGUGGUUGCUCUUACUAUAUAGUAAAAUUGGUUGUACUUCAGAGUAAUGCAUCUAACUUAUCCCUCAUCCAGCUGAUCAAAAGUCAUAGUCCCAGGUCAGAUGCCGUCGCACCGCCCUCCCUCGCUUCUUGGAUUUUGCCUCCGCCUUGAUAAGAUCGGCAGCCUGUGAUUAAUGUCAGCAACAUGGCAAGAAUACGUCGGGCUUCCGAAUCUCAAUACCUUCUCAGCAACAGCAUACACAGUCUGGCACGUAUUAGCGCCAGGGAGUGUGGGCAUAAUACUCCCAUCAACAACCCGCAACUGGCUUAUCCCGUAGACCCUCAGGC